UUUUUGGAGCUGCAGACGAGUCGUCGAAAGGAUGAGAUUCGAUUACACUACACCUAUGCCGGAAUGGCAUCAAUUGAGACGUUCAAAUACAAAUGGGAAGCGGGGCAGUGGCACAAACUUGCCAUCAGUGUGAGCGGGUUCCAAGUAGAAGUGUUUGUUAACUGCGAAAGGAUCGGGAAGACUCGGCUUCCAGGACUCGACACCAGUUUUCUCAUCCGCCAACAGCCGACUUCCCUCUGGAUUGGACAAAGAAAUUCACAUCAUCUCCUCUACAAGGGGAAACUGCAAGAGCUUCGGAUAAUCUCGGGGCCCGGAGGAUUUCGGUGGCAAUGUCCAAACCUAGAUCCUCCUUGUCCUACCUGUGGACAAUAUCAACAGCUCACACAGAUGGUCCAACAUCUCAGCGACACUGUCACCCAGCUCAGCCAAAAGGAGUGGACUAUUGUGGUGAGGGUCAUUCUUGCCAUGCCAAUGCCACGUGCCUCAAUCUUCGAACCACAAAGUCACAAUGGACGCUAUCGACUUAACCUCGGUUGGAUCUUCUUGACAGACAUGGACGAAUGUGAGUCGGUGGGAGGACUGGAGGGCCAUCACUGUCAUGCCCAUACACGGUGCGUGAAUACGCCGGGUUCUUACGAAUGCCAAUGCCUACCCGGCUACGUGAAAGUGGAUGCUUGGACGUGCAAGGAGCACGACGAAUGCCAAACAGGCCAACAUCAUUGCCAUCCUCAUGCCACGUGCCGAAACACAGACGGUGGCUAUGAAUGUCUAUGCAAUCAGGGAUACGUCGGUGAUGGAUUCCACUGCCAGCCUGUGUGCGAGGAGGAAUGCGUAAAUGGUGGAAUGUGUGUGGGACCGGAUCGGUGUGCAUGCAGAGGAGGUUUCACAGGUCCCCGGUGUGAAUCCGACGUGGAUGAAUGCGAGUUGGGGAUCCAUGUAUGUGAUGCACAUCCAAACGCGUUGUGCGUUAAUCAGCCCGGCUGGUACUAUUGCAAGUGUGAGCCCGGAUUCACUCUUUCAGAUAUCAAUGAAUGCGAGAGCGGAGAGCAUACGUGCCAUGAGACAGCGAAAUGUGUUAACACAGAAGGAAGUUUCCAAUGCGUCUGUCCCGAUUCAGAUCUUCGAAAUUGUACCCUUUCCUGUAUGUACGAAGGCCAGGAAUACUUGAACGGGGAGAAAUGGUUGGAUGAAAGUGGAUGUGCGAUGUGCAACUGUCAGGAUGGUGUAAUGCAGUGUGAACGAGUGGCCUGUGGUGACUGUGAAGGACUAGGGGAGGAAGAACAGAAGAAAUGUUGCCCCAAGUGUUCUUCACCCUCCUCGUCAGUGUGCAGGCACCCUGAGGAGCCCUGGAAAGUCAUUCCUCAUGGACAAAAUAUCAUUCACCAGUGUCAGACUUGUGAAUGCUUGGAUGGAAAGCUGUGCUGCACUUUCAAUGCUGAUUGUAGUAUUCUGGACAGUUCAAUGGAUCCAAUCAGUGUUGAGGAAACCAAGGAAACAGAAUCCUAUGAUGCUCAAGCCCGCAAGAAACUCAGGCAGCUCUUUCUUCAAACACACAAUCAACAGAUAGCACACAGAGAACCAUGACUUUGAGAACAUGUCAUGAAUCACGUUCUCUUAAUGUUACUCCUAGUCAUACGAAAAGACUUGAAUUUUAUUUUCCCUAAUCAUGGUGCUAUACCAAAGUGAAUCCAAAACCGUGACUAGUAAGCUUCACUAGUCGUAGAAUCAAUAUUCAUCUACCUGGAAAGAAUCUCAUGUCUCUGCAUACCUUGAUGCUAGUCAUUUUCCCACCUCUUACGUAUGCUCUAUGUUUUCUGAUCAUUUUAGCCAUAUCUAGGUCGAUGUUCUGCCACAGAUUUCACCAACAAGAGGUCCAUUAUCUUAAUUUCCUAUUUCAGAGU